AGAUCCCGGCUGGCCGAUUUCCACACCAACUGCCAGGCCACCUUCCAGUCCCUGACCAGCUGUCCUGGGGACAACUUCCAGGCGUGCCUGGGCUCCUACGCAGGGCUCAUCGGCUUUGACAUCACCCCCAACUACGUGGACGCCAGCACCACCAGCAUCACCAUCUCGCCCUGGUGCUCCUGCAAAGGCAGCGGGAAUAUGGAGGAGGAGUGCGAGAAAUUCCUGCGGGAUUUCACGGAAAAUCCCUGUCUCCGAAACGCCAUCCAAGCUUUUGGGAACGGCACCGACGUGAACCUGGCUCCCAAAAAUCCCAAUCCCGCCGUGACGGCGCUGCCGAAGGUGGAGAAGAGCCCGGAGCUGCCGGACGAUGUCAACGACAGCAACACCGCCUACGACACGAGCGUCAUCAGCACCUGCACCUCCCUCCAGGAACAAGGCCUGAAGCCCAACAAAUCCAAGGAGCAGAGCUUGUGCUACUCCCAGGCCCAGCUGACCACGGAUGUGAUGCCGGACCAGAAGACUUUCAUGGAUCCCAAGGCGGGAAGCAGCCGGCAGCGGGAGAGCCGGAUCCUUCUCCUCAUUCCCAUCCUGAUCCCGGCCCUGGGGCUAUAGAGGGGCAGGAAGGAGCGGCCGGUGGGACGGGGACGCUCGGACCAGUGCCACCAGUGCCACCAGUGCCCACCGCUGCCGCCCUCGUGCCGGAGACUGGAACGCUCCCAAAUCCCGGGAAUGCCGAGCUCUGGAGAGGCAGGAGGAGCCUUCACCACGCUGGGAAACUUUGGUGGUUUUCUUCCUACUUUUCAUUUUUCCCGUUUUUUUGGGGGAUUUUUUUUUUUUUUUUUUUUUGGUCUUUUCUGGGUUGGUUUUCCGGAGCGGCUCCUGGGAAAACUGCCUGGAAUAGGCCUGGAAUGGGGGACUGGAGCUGCCAGUGGAGCCAGGGAGGGGGAAAAAGUUGGAGAAAGGCUUUGGGAAAGGUGAAUUUCAGGAUUCUUUGCACUGGGGACAACGAGGAUUCCGCAUGGGAACAUCCCGGAGGAUGGAGGCGCCAUCGGGAGCCACCUGGAGGGGACUCCCGCAGCUCUUCCCGUUGGUUUUUGGGGGAUUUUGGUUGGGAUUUUUCCUCGGAGAGAUUCCGAAUGGAAGAGAAAAGAAACUGGUGUGAAACGUGUGAGGUUGUGCUGAUGUUUUCAAUCAUUCCAGGGGAAGAGGUUCCAUUUUUUUUUUUUUAAGUUUUUUUUUUUAUUUGGAGUUUGGGUUGGGAGUGGAAUUUGACCCAUCCAGGGUCGGAAUUCCCGAUUUUCCCUCUCCACUUUAUUUCCUAUAUACAUAGAACACAUGGAUAUUCCCAUAUACACAACCCUACCCUUGCUGUGGCUUUUUAAUUCCCAUUUUUCCCUUUAUUUUCCCUCUUUUUUUUUAUUUUUUAAUUUUUUUUAUUUUUAAUUUUUUAAAAUCCCUCUGAUUCCCGCGACAACUUCCAAAUGUAUUCUUGGAAAAUUUAUUUUUUUUAACGAUGUCUAUAAUGGAAAAAAAAAAAGAAAAACCAAAAUAA